AGUUUGAACUUUGGUUUGGUGACUCUGGUUAUUUUGUUCAGAAUAAAGUGAAGCCUUUUCCAUCGUCUCAAAUUUUUAGUCCAUCUUUCGCAUGUCGCAUGUCACAGCCGGACGCAGAGUAGGAGUAAUCAGUAAAUAAAGUGAAACUUGAGUGAAAUGCGGUCAGAAUAGCAGCCAAAGCUAUUGUUACAUAAAACCACACAAUUCUUUUUGUUCACAUUUUUUCACUUACUUACUUUAAUUUGCAACAAAUGAACAAUCAACAGCAAUUUAAUCUUAAUUAGAUACCGUCAAAAAAGACGUUUCUGUCCUUUUUACCGAAAUUGAGUUAGAAGAAGAAGAAGAAGAAGAAGAAAUACUUUAUUGCACACAAAAAUACAAUUAUAAAUUGAAACAUUAAAAAACAUAAAUUAAACUUAGCAUGCAAAGAGAAUGAAAAUGAGUUAGAUCGUAUUAGUAGAAGAUCCGUAUUGGAAACUAGGUAUCUUCACCCAUCUGCAUAUUGGAUGAAAAGUGUUUUGUAUCAAAUUUAGUACGUUUAAAAAUAUAUUGAGAGUAGGUUACCUGAACAUUUCCUGGCCAAACUAUUAUUAACUAUCAUUAAUGAUAGUUCAGAGGAGUUUGAGGCAACCUGCUCAUAACAUACUUUUAACGUACUUACUAAAUUUUCUAUUAAACAAUUUUCAUCCAUGGGUGAAAGUAGUUUCUAAUACGGAUCUCAGACAAUUUGAAACGGCCAUCAUCUAUUUGUUUAAUGAGAAGUGUCUUACAUCAAAAUUAGGAUAUUAAAAAAUAUAUUGCGAGUAGGUUGUCUUAAAAACUCCUGGUUUUGGUAAACUAUUAUUAAUAAUGUUUAAUAGUAGUUUAGCUAGGAAAACUACUCGCAAUACAAAAAAACACGUUUCAAUAAACAGAUGGGUGAAUAUCGUUUCUAAUACAGAUUUUAGACUGUAAUGCAUAUUCGGAAUCUGAGAAAAAAGGCGCACCUGUCAGUUUUUUUUCAUUACCUUAACAUAUUACCCCAUAUACUAAGUACAAGUUAUUCUUAAAGCUAUCCCAUAAAUUUGAAUCUCAUCUGUAAGGAACCUAUCGGGAGAUUUUCUUUUAAUGCUCCCUGUUGUAGACGUUACAAUAGGAUUUUGUAUUUAUGUAUUUAUAAUUUUCGGGUUAUAUAAAUACGAGUAUAUUGCAUUUAGAUAAUUAUACACGUUGAAAUAAUAUUCUAGUAACACAUAUUUGUGUAUAUUUAAUUCCUUCCUUUUUGGCAAAAUAUCAGUGGCACUAUCUUGGCGUUACGAUUUUAUUUUUAGACUGGCAUCAGAUAGGUAUUUAUCACGUAAACGCUGCUUAAGUGCUAUAUGUUCUGUUGUACUAUAGAUACGAGUUUUCGUUUUGAGAUAACAGAUUACAGACCUCGUAAAACAGACAUACAGGAUAGACAGAAACCUUGCAUAUACAUUUUUAAUAUCCUACUACGCUUUAAUUAUCUCGGUAUUUUAUGUACAUGUAUAAUGUGGGUAGUAUACGAGGUCUAGGAAUAAUUAUCCCACGAGUAGAUACAUAGUGAUUGCGAAUAUUGAUCAGUAUUGGUUCGUAUCAGCCAUGACGAUAGGUACGUUACUGGUGAUCGCCGCGUACUGUUUGCAAGCUGCUACGGUGACCUAUCAAGAUGUCCUCAAUGACCGCCCGAUCAUUGGUGUAUUGUCUCAGGAAACGUCAUUGCAUCUACACUCAAAGUUUCCUGAAGAAAACUACACGAGUUACAUAGCGUCCUCGUAUGUGAAAGAUGUUGAGAAGUCCGGUGCAAGAGUUGUACCGAUUUUAAUCGGUAAACCGCGCUCAUACUACAGGGAUAUUAUGGGAAACAUUAACGGAGUUCUCUUCCCGGGCGGUGCUACGCAUUUCAAUCAGUCCAACGGUUACGCCGACGCUGCGCAACAUAUUUUUGAAAUGGCACAAAAACUGAACGACGCUGGGGAUUACUUCCCCAUUUUUGGGGUUUGUUUAGGGUUUGAACUGCUCGUCAUACUGGCGUCGGGACGAGGACUGAAUGAGAAUCGUAUACCAUGUCGGUCGUAUGAAAAUUUGCCUCUUCAUUUUACACAAGAUUUUCGCAAAAGCAAAAUGUUUCACGAUGCACCAAGAGAUAUUAUUGAUAUUUUGAAGAACAAGAACGUCACAGUAAAUGUCCAUCGGUACUGUAUAGUUGAUGAAAACUUGAGCUCCCAUAAUUUGACCAAAGCCUGGCGCAACCUGCAAACUUCAUACAGCAACGAUGAGAACGGCGUCCGUUUCGUUGCAAGUAUCGAAAAUAAAAGAUAUCCAUUCUACGGAGUUCAAUUCCACCCAGAGAAGAGUUCAUUUGAGUGGAAAUCGUCGAAGACUUACACGCACUCGUUUGAUGCUGUGAGAGCGAACAGAUACUUCAUGGACUUCUUCGUCAACGAAUGUCGUAAGAGCCAACGCGCGUUCGCCAAUACUGCCGAAGAGAAUGCCAAAUUGAUUUAUAAUUACGAACCUCGAUUCACCGGCGCCCUCGGCAGUAGCUAUCAUCAAUGCUACAUGUUUGAGCCGCGAGGCAACGUUUAACCGUUUUUAACUACUACCAAAGAGGCAAUUACACAGGAUACAGGAUUUGUGAUAUAAAUAGAUCAUCAUCAUUAACAACCCAUUUUCGGCUCAUUUCUGAGCACGAUUCUCAUCUCAGAGGGAAAGGGGUAGGGCGAAUAGAUCACCACGCUGGCCCAAUGUGGAUUGACAGACUUCAAACACGUAGAAAAUUAAAAAAGUAUCAGGUAUGCAGGUUUUACUACUACGUACCUACGCCCUCCAGAGUCGGAGGUCAUAUCAAUAAAAAAUAUAUAUCCGGGUUAUCACGGCUAUCUAUAGAUAGAUACGAGGAGAUAAUUUUUGUAGCGCGCAAAUUUCUUUUGGUGUUCUGCAUCGUUAUUAUUGUCAGUAAUAGUCUGUACUUUUUAAGUAAUGUUUUAUUUUCAAUUUCGGACUCUGAAAAUAACAAAAUAACGGACAUUAUUUUUAAACCCCCCCUUAGUUCGUCACGACUCAGAACCUUCCAGGUGAUCGUUUUGUGUAUCUAUAGAUGAGUCCAAUGGUAGGCGUCCACAGAUCCGCAUUAUACGCAUCGGACGCAUGGCAUCAAAUGUCCCAUACUAUGACCUUGUCCAGAAGGGGCGAAUUCGUCGCGAAUCGUAUCGCGCGAAUUCAUCGCGUUGUCGAAGUACUAGACAUCAAUACAUCGCGUCCACAAGCAUCGCGCGAAUUCAAAAUACGCGCGUAAAUCGUGUGCACUACGCCAGAAUCUCGAUUCGCGCGUAUUGCGCGCGUGUCGAGUCUAGGGACGCUUUGUUAAGUCCAGUUAACGCGCGAACCAAAUACACUGUAAUCUUCGGCGCGAACUCUAGAGCGAGUGCGCGUUCAACUCCAUGUUUCAUGAAUUACUGAAUUCCUCCCCAAAUGCUCGCCUUGUGGACGCAACAGUCGCGCGUAAUACGCGCGAGAGAAUCGCGGCCUUUUCGCCCUUUCUGGACAAGGUCUAAGAUACUACGCAAUGCACAGAUACCUAUUCUACAUCAAUGCAACGAAAGCAAUGCAAAAAAAUAAUAUGUUAGUAGUAGUAUACAAAAAAAUACAUUACAUAAAAAUUAAGGAUUUACCAUACAAACUUUCAAACCCUUCUAAUUUAAUUUUCGCUACAAAAAGUUUUACCGUCUUCAUUUUAUUAUUCUUCAUAGUAUGGUCUGAAACCGUGCCAAGUUUCAUUUGAAUUCAUUAUGUAGUUUCAGCGUGAUGCCCGGUCAACAAAAAGACGGACAGACAAUCGAAAAAUAAAAUAAUACAUUUUUGGCUUCAGUAUCGAUUAUAAAUAUAGGUACAAUUAAAAUAUCUUCAAUGCACAGAAAUGUACCUGUUCCAUUUUUGUUAUAAGUAUAGAUUUUUCUCAACUUAGAGCUUACAACUUACAAUAUGUUAUGUAAUGUAAUGUAAAUAAUGUGGUUGUCUAUAGUUCACCGCACUGUUCAAUCUUGAAACUUAACUAACAUUAUCGGGAAUAUGUAUCUAAUAAUAGUUAUGUAACACGUACGCAAACGCUUCAACUUUUAUGUAAUAGUUAUGAUAUAUUAUUACGUAGUCAAUACAGAUUAUAUCACAUAAAUACGUAUGAUUAGCUUAUCACGUAAAUUUAAAUAAUAAAUAUCUUACCUACUUAACUUUAUAGAAAGGGCAAAAAAAUUAAAAAGGUUUUAUUAUGGACGCGACUUUAACCGCGUGGAAUUCAGUUUUUCAUAAGUCCCGCAAGAACCAUGGAUUUUUCCGGGAUGAAAAGUACGUAAAGAAAAGGGUAAUCCCAUCCCCGGCACAGGAUUUUCCUAACCACCCUGCAAUUUACUUAGAAUAGAAUAGAAUCUCUUUAUUUGUCCACACACAAGUAAUGAAAUAAAAAUAAACAAACAGAACAUACAAUACAUACAUCUGGUCGUGGACAAAAAAGGUAUCCACCUCAGCACGAUGCCACAGCGAGCUGUGGCGCUGGUUUUCAGGUGAAACCUUGUGUGUUCACGGACGUGUCUACGUGACGUGUCUUAACUUAAAAGUUAUACAUGAUUACAUAUUAUAUAAUUUAUACUAAGUAAAAUAAAAUAAUGAAACAAAAAACAAAAAGAACAGAUUAAAAAAAAAUAACAAAAUUAACAUAUAUGGGAAGCUAAAUUAACAAGAAAAAUCAAACAAUAAUUACGAGUCAACCCGUAAAGUGAACGAUUUACGAGUAUACCUAAUCUUGAUAGUUCUACUUAAUAAUGAAAUCAUUACUUAAUGAAAAAAAAAAUCCUACAACGUUAAUUACAUUUUUAAUUCAUCUUUAAUUUGUCCACAACGGUAAAGAUUUUUGACCAUACAACCUGAGUUUUCUUCAAGAAACAUACUUUUAUUAAGCCAAUUAUUUAACCAAAUCCUUAUUUAUAUAUCAUACUAGCGGACCCGUCAAGCUUCGCUUUGACUUAUGUGCACUUCUUCCCUAUCCCUACACUAUAUUACUCAACCCCUACCCUUCCUCUACCCUAUCCCUACUCUACCCCUACCCUACUCCUACCCCUAAUUAAAACUCAAACGUUUAUAUGGGAAAUAGAAAAGGGUUGAUUUUAUGGUUUUCCCAGCAAUUAUUCUAAUUUUUCUCACCUUUUAAACCUUCCCUAUACCUCCACAAACAUUUCAAGACCAAGAUAACAUAAAUCCGUUCAGCCGUUCUCGAGUUUUAGCGAGACUAACGAACAACAAUUCAUUUUUAUAUAUAUAUAGAAGAUUAUCACCUCCAUAUACUUUUACACGGGAUUAUACCAAGGAUUCCUGGGCCGACGUUGUAUGGGCCGCUGCGCAUUCCCCUUUCAUCCAAAUCGCUUCAAUAGCGGCAGUGUAAUGGAGGAACAAAUAUACACACUUACACACAGACUCGCCUUUAAAAUAUUAGUGUGAUACUCUUAUACAGCGUCACUGGAAAUACAUAAUGAUCCCUUUAAUGGGAUGAUAGUAGGGAUCAUCAAUAACCAAGUCUCGGAUCCGUAGAUCAUCACUGUCCGAAGACUUAUCAUAAACACCUACCUAUAUUAAAACACGUACACCUAAAUCAGAUACUUCCGUAAAUAUACUUCCGUCUUCCGUAAGUCGAAAUUAACGAAUCAUACUAAUAUUAACGGGGAAAGUUUGUAUGUAAGUGUGUUUGUUAGUGAGUCCUUCACGCCAAAACUAUCGAACCAAUUUGACUGUUUGGAAUACUGAUAGUAUGUAUAACCUGCAUUAACUCGUAAUAAAAUAAAAAAUAAAAAGCCUUUAUAAAAAAUAAAUAAGCUUUUAACGUUACACACAAUUACUGAUAAAGGUAUUAAAAAGUAGGGUAAAAAAAUCAAAAAUCAAAAAUCAUUUAUUUCAAGUAGGCUCAAGCACUUUUAUACAAGCAAUUAUACAAGCACUUUUGACAUGUCAGUUGACUAUUUGUAAAGAUUCUACCACCGGGGUUAUACAUAGAUUUCUUUUUUGGGGUUAUAGCUAAAAAUAGUAAUCUAGCAUCCGGUUGAUCCCCUUUAAACACCUUGUCUUGCACAAACAAAGGCCUCCUCUAAUAUUUUGCACUCAAGUGUAUCGUUAAAUUAACUUGCCUCGACUCUGAGUAUCGUUCAAUUAACUUGCCUCGACUCUGAGUAUCGUUCAAUUAACUACUUUUUGCGGGAUUUGUGAAUUUCACUUCAAUUAUAUUUAAUUCUAAAUGAAUAAUACCAAUGUUAUGUUUAGGUAAUAAUAUUAUGUAGAAUAAAAAUAAAUUUUUAUGGUAAAUAUUCACGUCCAAAAUGCCAAAAGCUAUAAUAACUGUUAUUAGGAUAAAAUAUUAUAAUUUUAUAAUUUAAACUAUCGUGAGUGUUAUUCAUAUUAAUUGAUUAUGAAACACGGCUAAAACUCACGUGAUAUUAGUCAUGAGGCGUUGCAAAAACCAGCUUAUGACUAAGGGACCCGUAUGGGUUUGAAACUAGUCGGGCAUACUCCGACCUAAUUAUCAUGUGAGCUUUAGCCGUGUUUCAUAAUCAAUUAAAUAUUAUAAUAUUUUCAUUGUAAAAGAAAAUUUGCAUACUGUAAUAUAAGUACUAGUCGAUUGUGAAUGUCUAGAUAAUUCAAUAGUUUUAAGAUAAACAUAUACCACAUUCUAGCAAAUAAAUAAUGAUUUGAUUUGAAGUCGCGAGCGUCUGCUAGUGUAAAACAUAUGUUUACGUUCACAAACCACCCGGGAACCGGCAGGUCGCGCCAAUUACCCUACAUUUACGCUAAUGGAAAACAAUUCGUUCAGACAGCAAUCAUUAACUUCAACUCGCAGUCUCCACUCUGUUGAUGAGAAAAGUUUAAACAUACAUCGUAUUAUUCCCAAGAUAUUUGAAUCUAGAUUUCCGUUUGUGUAGCUCGGGUUAUUGAACUUAUGUUUAUAUGCAGGUUGUGUGAUUAGAUUGCAGUUUCUGUGCCCACGAGAAUGUCUGUCAGCUGAAGAAAACUUCAUCUACCGAUAGUGAAUAUGAGAGAUAAUCUCAAUGUCUAAUGUUAAACCAGAGGUUUGUUAAACAAGAGGUUCGCAACCUUUUUUUUUUCUCGAAGAUCACUUUCUAAUUUAACUGGUUCCGGUGGACCCCCUGCAAAAUUUCUAUCCAAAACUCAACAAAUGUGAUUAGAUUCAUCUAUGUAAAAUUUUUGUAGCAGCAGAAUCAACAGCCACCACGAAACAACAGUUAAACUAAAAUAUAGUGAGAAUUGAUUACAUAGUUAAUUAAAUAAUUGAUUGUGUGUGGAUGACAAAAUGUCAGUUACCUAAAUUGUCCAGGCAAAUAGUUAUUUCAGCCAAUUUACGAAUAGUGAACCCCCAUUUUUAUGUCACGUCAACGUAGACCCCCGCCAAGACUUCCGUAGACCCCUGGGGGUCCACUUGGGAAUCGAUGUUCUAAAUCUAUGCUUUAUUUUCAUUACUUUUAUGUACUUAGUAGAUUUAAUACAGCAUUGUCAACGGCGCAGGGUGCGCAGUAAAACUUUAAUAAGUUUAUAUAUGCACCUUAAACUGUACCAUUGUAUUUUAUUGUUUAAUUAAAUUAAAUAAAAUACUUAUAUUAAAAAGAUAUAAAAUUUGUGGUAUUGUAAUUCGUAAAAAAAGUAUUGUAAUCGGUUCCGUAGAUCUCUGGAUCUACGGAACCGAUUAUGAAAAUUCUUUUACAACUAGAAAGCCAUGUUAUUUGUAAGUGACAUAGGUUAUAUUUUAUUUCCGCAUUCUUACGGGAACGGGAACUGCGUUGGUGAAUCCGCAGGCCGUCAGCUAGUGGUAGAAAAUAUUUUUAUUCUUUUGAGAGUAGGUAUAGUUGUAGUUAACUAUUAAAUGUUUUUGAAUUCA